AUGUGUAUCAAGUGUAGAUCGUGCGUGGUCCGGUGCCGCAGCCUCCGAGCCGCUUUAUAUACGGCGCGCUGGCGGGGAGCGACACACGUGCAAUACACCCCACGACGUGCGCACGCCACUAACAUGCUCGCUAAGUUGUUAUUGUUAUGCUGUGCGUGUGCCGGUGCCCUGGCAAAGCCCGGGAUACUAGACGGCAUUGGCUACGCAGCACCAGCAUACGCUGCACCAGCUUAUGCCGCGCCAGCGUACGCCGCACCAGCAUAUGCGCCAGCUUAUGCUGCACCAGCGAUCGCUCAUGCCGUGGCAGCACCAGCGUACGCUCCCGCCAUCGCACACACAUACGCUGCACCCGUCGUCAAAGCUGUUGCAGCUUCGGUUGUGCGCGCUGAGCCUGUAGACCCUAAUCCAGCGUACAGUUUCUCAUACGGAGUAGCAGACCCUGCCACGGGAGACCACAAGGAUGCUGCGGAGACGCUGCAGAAUGGAGUGGUGCACGGUUCUUACAGCCUAGUGGAACCUGACGGCCACGUCCGUAAGGUCACCUACACAGCUGACAAGAUCAAUGGAUUCAACGCCGUGGUUGAGAGGACGGGAGCUGCUGCCCACGCGGUGGCAGCACCAGUAGCAAAGGUAUACGCCGCGCCUGCGCCGGUUGCGGUGGCCGCACCAGUCGCGAGGUACACGCUACCAGCUGCCCACGUUGGCGUUGCCCACCCGUGGGGUUAAACCCAUCAACUACAACUGCUAAGCGACCUAGUAUCUUGCUGAACGAUCAGAGAAUUGUGUAAGGAUAUGACAGAAUUUCAACUCUAGAUUAGUGUUGAGAUUUUAUGAAAAAAUGGUUAUAACGAUAAAUUAAUGAUUUUUGACUGAGAUUGUGCCUUAAUACGUAGUUUGGUUAGAAAUCAUAGGCCGCGGCUACAUGGUAAAGGCGAAUUGUAACGUCCUAGUAACUUAACUUUUGUAGAAGUCUAGAAUUCUUGUUUUGGGUUCAAACGUCAAAAUGUAACAUUGGGCGUUUUGGAAUUUGAGGGAGAGUGCCCUAUUUUGUAGUUUUCCUGGUCUUUACUGUCCGGCCCGUGUCUGUAAGAGUGGGUUUCGUUCAGCAGGAGUGGGCGCCCGAUGACCUCGCCUGUCGAUUGUAACUUAUUAUUUAUUGUACUGCUUUGACUGUUGCCUACGGACCUGAUCUUGACGCAUCGUAU